UAUGGGAGGCCUUUAGUGACAUCACAAUGUCAUUCAUCAUCGGUGAUUCCGGCACGUACUGGUACCAUCGUAUGCUCCACAUCCCCGUGGGUGUAUCGUAACAUCCACAGUGUUCAUCAUCAGUACUAUGAACCAUAUAGCUGGAGCGGUGUCGUCCUUCACCCCAUUGAACAUACCUGUAGUCUGGUAGUCUACUUCUGGUAUCCCAUCUUCAUGGGUCACCACUGGUUGACUUUGAGCAUAUUCGCUUUCAUUUGGGUGGCCUGGCUCCUCGAAGAGCACAGUGGUCACAACACAUGGUGGUCACCGUUCAAUCUGUGGCCCUUCGAACUCGGUGGAGGCGCACCUCUUCAUGACUUACAUCACUCCGAGAGAAGUCAGAAGAACUACGCCCCAAUUUUGAGGCUUUGGGAUCGUAUCUUCGAUACGGAGACCCAGCCAAAUCCCAAGUUCAAACCCGGCAUGUUCGUCCAUGUCACGGCGCUGCUCAUGAUUCUCUUAUGUGUUGGGAUUGGAUACGAAAACGAAUACAUAUCGCUACCCAGAGCGUUGUGAUACACCAACAACUGGAGGGUUGUUGUAUGUCGCAUCGUCAUUAUCAUUGUCUUCUCUUGCCUCGAUUCUGCAUGCCCGUGGCUGCUGCUGCUGAUGAUGAUGAUGAAGUAUAUAUUGAGGUUGCGGUUUGGGUUUACUGCAGCAAGCCAUCGGAAAGGCCUUUUCAUUGCAGACAGUCUCCUUUUUGCCAAACAUGACAUCGAUCGCUCCGUUGGCACGUAUAGGUAAAGCGCCCACCGCUUUGUACACGUGCCUCCGUUGCGGGAUUAUUAAACGAUUAUCGGUUUAUGAUGUUGAUAGUAGCUCUAUUAAGUUUAAUAUCACUAUCAUUCUCUAAGGCUUAACUCCGUAGACA